AUAUGAAUCAUAAUCUUUUUUUUUCGUGGCUGUGUGCUUCCGGUUCAUACUUGCUGAAGGCAAACCUAACAUGGUUUUAAAAAAAAUAGUUCUCAGGCUUAUUGACCUUUUAGCAUGGUAAACUCUCGCACUUACAACCAAAAUGAACUGUUCACCAUUGAAAUAUACUGUAUGAUUUUACAGAUUCUUCUGUGUUUUAAAAUUGAUUUAAAAAAAUAGAGCUGGUUCGAAAUUUCAUAUAACAUUCAGAACGUGGCUUUCAAAAAAGUUGCUGUAUCUUCAGUGUUAUACCUUAUUUAAGACUGGUGACGUUUAACCACAACUUUCCACCGACUGUAGAUAAUCACUGAGCAUUUCCGUGGUUGUGCCUUUAAGGGGAGACUUGAUCAGCACUUUGAUAAAAAUAUUAAAGAUCAUUAUAAGAAGGGAUUCGAAAAUCGAACUAAUUUUUGUGAGUUUCUGAAGGCAUCAUGUGGAUAAUACGCCCUUUGUUUCUUAUUACUCUUUGUAUGUUUCUCUUCAGUGUGCUGGCAGAUAACAACAAUAAAAAUCCAGGAAGCACACCUUGUGAAUAUCUUCAACCGCUGAUGUACGGCAUCAUUUGUUUCCUCGCUGUCAUAAUUCUCAUUCUCCUGAUACUUCUGUUUAAAAUGUUCAUCGCGAUGCAAAGUGCCAUUAAAAGAGUCACUAUCCACACAACCAGCGAUACGAGAGAAUCAACUGCUUUGUGUCAGAACAAUGAAUUAUGUGUCUCCCCUAUUUCAGGCGAUGGUGCAGCUAAUUCAUCCUCUACUAGUUCUGGGACUCCUGACGGCUCGCUGUCAGAUCUUUCCACUACCUCUCAACGGUACACAAGCCUUGAAGACCGUCGAAAGACUUCUGACUACAUAAAUGUUUCAGAAACUACUUCCCUUGGACUUAAAAUGGUUAAAGCCUAUGGGAAUGUUAGUGAGUCCCAACAGAAAAGGGUGAAAAGAGAAGGCCAGAUGAACGGUGAUGACGGUACGACAAGUUUGAGCAGUGAUGAUUCUGGUCUAAAUUACUCCAAGGUUGUCUUUACUAAGACAGAGAAGUAAAUGUAAUUAAUAGCUUCAUAAAAAUGGGCUUAAAAGGAUCAGUCUCUCAGAAAUGAAAAUUAUAUCAUCAUUUACUCAACCUCACUUUGUUUCCUCCUUCUGUGGAACAAAAAAAUAUAUAUUUGGAAGAAUGCUUUCACCCAUACAAUUAAAAAGUCACUGGGGUUUAAAAUAACAUUUCAUUUACAUAGACAAAGAUAUAUACAAAUCUUAUUUUAAGUCAGUCUUGCAAGUUUGGAACAACAUGGGGGUCAGUAAAUAAUCAGGUGAAUUUUCCAUUUAAUUUUCUUUAAGGUUCAAUUAAAAAUACUGAUUUAGUUGAUUUUAUAUGAAAACGUAAAAAAAAAAAAAAAGGGUUCCCAUGAACAGAAGUAAUGGGAUGCAUUUUUAUUUUUCCAAUGCAUUUUUGGGUGUGCAUUUUAGUGCAUUUUUCAGAUCAUAAAACAACACCACAUCCUGACAGGAAGGAACCAGACAUGCAUCUGUGAAAGUCUUACAGCAAUAAAUAACUACUCUAAAUGUGCAGUCAUCAAAUGCUGUACUGUGAUAACAAACAUGCCCCUUUUCAACAUCGACACUUUAUGCUUUUCCACCACCAAGCAUCCCUUUUCUUUUAGGGCCUGAGGGAAACCAUUAAAAA